AGGAAUGGCUAUUGUUUAAAAUUUUCUGAAAUAUACAUUUAGGAAAAGGAAGAAAACCAGGGCUAUGACACACAAAUAAGCAAUGUUAAUAAAUAGAUACAUACAUUUAUAUUUUUUUUCUAUUUAUUGACGUCUGUCACUUUUUCUCUAUAUAUUGAUAAGUACAUAUAUUUUUAUAAAUAUAAUCAUAUUUUGUAUUUGUAUGAUUUUGUGCAUUCGUAACCUAAUUUUAUAAGUGUUGAGAUGCAAUUCACAUACCACACCAUUUAGCUACUUGAUGUGUACAAUUUUAUACAUUUAAUAUAUUCACAGGCUUGUGAAACCAUCACCACAGUCAACUUUAGAACAUUUUCAUCACCCUAAAGAGAAACCCUAUUCCUAUCAGCAGUCACUCCCCAUUUCCUGCAACCUCCCCAGCCAUGGUCAACCACUUACCUACCUUCUGUCUCUAUUAAUUUGCCCCUCUGGACAUUUUGUAGAACUAGAAUCACACAAUGUGUGGUCUUCUGUGACCAGCUUCUUUGAAUUACCAUAGUGUUUUCCCUGUGAUUCACAUAGAUUCAUCCAUGUUGUAGCAUGUGUCGGAACUUUCUUCUUUUUUAAGGCUGAAUAAUAUUCCAUUGUAUGGAUAUACCUUGUUUUAUUUAUCCAUUCAUCCGUUGAUGGGCAUUUGAGUUGUUUCUACUUCUUAGCUAUUAUGAAUAAUGCUGACAGGAGCAUUUGUGUACAGGUUUUUGUGUAGACAUAUAUUUUUGUUUCUCUUAGGUAUACACUUAGGAGUGGAAUUGCUGGGUCAUAUGGUAACUCUUGAGAAACUGUCAGAUUGUUUUCCAAAAUGUCUGUACCAUUUUACAUUCCCAACAGCCACGUGUGAGGGUUCCAAUUUCUCCACAUUUUCACCAACACCUGUUAUUAUCUGUCCUUUUUAUUAUAGGCAUCCUAGUGGGUAUGAAGUGGGUCUUGUGGUUUUGAUUUGCAUUUCCCUGUUGGCUUAUGAUGUUGAGGGUCUUUUCACGUACUUAGUGGCGAUUUGUAUGUUUUCUUUCGAGAAACGUCAGUUCAGAUUCUUUGCCCACUUUUUAAUUGAACUUUUGGUCUUUGUAACCUAAUUUUUUUACUGACAUGAUAUUUUGAAUAUUUUCAUUCCCUUAACAGUUUCUCAAACUUAGCAUUUAAUGACUGUUUAAUAUUUCAUUACAUGGACACAUCAGCUGUUGCUGAGUUUAGAAUGCUGAACAUGCCUGCUCUCCAUGCUGUACCACUUCUAUAUCUUGAUCAACUUCACUUCUUCCAAUUUCUCAGGCCAUAUGGGAACUUAGGUCUUUGUAAUUUCAGGGGUAAUGAUGUUUGGGAAUGUGGCAACAGCCUCUACUGAUAACUGUACUGUCUUAGAAGAACUUGUAUAAGGAUGUGACACUGAAAAAUCAUAGAAGCAGAGUCUUUAUGAUCAAAUCUUUAAAUUCAAAAUGUGAUCUCUGGGGCUUUUUUCUUCCCUUAAUGUGACCCUCUAGGGAGGUUGAAGUGUUUGAAUUUCCGAGGGAUUUGAGAUUCAAAUGACUGUUCUACUGUAUUUUCCUUGAGGCAUCAUCAUCCUGGUUCCUUGAAUGGCUUUCCUUUGGCCUUUCUUAUGCUGGACUUCCCUGCCCCUUCACCACAGGACUGUAUCUGGAUUUGUUGAGAGCUGCAGCAUGCCUAAGUUCCAUUUCUUUUAUGUGCAGGUUUUUCUGUUUCCAAGCCAGGUGUAAUUCCUGAAUUGGAACAAGGAGUCCAGGCCUAGUAGGUGGAGAGUGUAGUGACAAGAGGAUUUGUCCAGCCCUGGCUUCUCUGGACUCAGCUUCUGAGGAUGAUUGGCAGUUGUAAAACCAUGGGCCGGGUGCCACUGACAUUCAGUGAUGUUGCCAUAGACUUCUCUCAGGAGGAGUGGGAAUGCCUAAACUCAGAUCAGAGGAAUUUGUAUAGAGAUGUGAUGUUGGAGAAUUAUACUAACUUGAUAUCACUGGUUAGCAGAGCCAGCCUUUCUGAGAAAGUGAUUUGUAACCUGCAACACCUGGAGAUAGUCAUUUAGAGAAGCCACCUAAGAGGAUUCCUGCAAGACAUUGAUUUCACAAGUGAGAGCAACAAAUUAUCUUCAGAAAAAAGCAGUUAUGAAGUAAAUUCAUACCAUCGGGAGACAAUGAAUAGAAGUAAAACCUUCAACUUUAUGGCGUUUAUUUUCAGAAAUGACUCACAGAACAGAACUAAAUUUGAAAGACAACAGGCACCUAAAAUGGGAUAUUGUAAUCAAAUGAUAUUCAGAAAACAUAUAUCCCUUCCUCUACAUCAAAGACUUCACACUAAAGAGAAGUCAUAUGAAUGUAAGGAAUGUAGAAAGGGCUUUAGGAAAUAUUCACACCUUAUUGAACAUGUGAGAGACCAUAGUGGUGUAAGACCCUAUGAAUGUAAGGAAUGUGGAAAGGUCUUUAUAGUUCUCCAGCAUUUUAUUAGACAUAAAAAAAGUCACACUGAUUUGAAACCCUUUGAAUGUAAUGGAUGUGAGAAGGCCUUUAGGUUUUAUUCACAGCUUAUUCAACAUCAGAUAAUUCAUACUGGUGUGAAACCCUAUGAAUGUAAGCAAUGUGGGAAGGCCUUUAGACGUCAUUCUCACCUUACUGAACAUCAGAAAAUUCAUAUUGGUUUGAAACCCUACAAAUGUAAGGAAUGUGGGGAAACUUUUAGGUUGUACCGACAUAUGUGUCUCCAUCAGAAAAUUCAUCAUGGUGUGAAACCCUAUAUUUGUAAGGAAUGUGGAAGGGCCUUUGGUCAUCGUUCAAGUCUCUAUCAGCAUAAGAAAAUUCAUUCUGGUGAGAAACCGUAUAAAUGUAAACAAUGUGGAAAGGCCUUUGUUCGCAGUUAUCUACUUAUUGAACAUCAGAGAAGUCAUACUGGUGAGAAGCCUCAUGAAUGUAAGGAAUGUGGAAAAGCCUUUAGUAGGGGCUCAAGCCUUCUUAAACAUAAGAGAAUUCAUAGUAGCGAGAAACUCUAUGAUUGUAAGGAAUGUGGGAAGGCCUUCUGUAGAGGCUCUCAACUUACACAACAUCAGAGAAUUCAUACUGGCGAGAAGCCCCAUGAAUGCAAAGAAUGUGGGAAGACUUUUAAGCUCCAUUCUUACCUUAUUCAACAUCAGAUCAUUCACAGUGAUUUGAAACCAUAUGAAUGUAAACAAUGUGGGAAAGCCUUCAGUCGUGUCGGAGACCUUAAAACACAUCAGUCAAUUCAUGCCGGGGAGAAACCUUAUGAAUGUAAGGAAUGUGGAAAAACCUUUAGACUUAAUUCUCAACUAAUUUAUCAUCAGACAAUCCAUACUGGUUUGAAACCAUAUAUAUGUAAAGAAUGUAAGAAGGCCUUCCGUUCUAUCUCAGGUCUUUCUCAACAUAAGAGAAUUCAUACUGGUGAAAAACCUUAUGAAUGUAAAGAAUGUGGUAAGGCCUUUAAUCGUAGCGAUCGACUUGCUCAGCAUCAGAGAAUUCAUACUGGUGUGAAGCCACAUAAAUGUAAGGAAUGUGGGAAAGCCUUUACUCGUUGCUAUCAACUUACUCAACAUCAAAGAUUUCACAUUGGCGAGAAAGUCUUAAUGUAAUGAGAGUCAGAAAGCCUUUAGCCAUGACACGUCCUUUAACAUUAUCACUCUUCUACCACCUAACGAUAUGGUAAAGAUUAAAUUAUUUAACAUAAAAUAUGAUUG